CGCACAUCUGCAGUUCAGAUCUAACAGGUGGGACAGUCGAUACAGCUUCAUCCGCAGGAUACCUACCGUCUUUUCUCUCCGCUAAACUAACACAUACAGCUGCAGCAAAAAUGCCAAAGUGCCCAAAGUGCGAGAAGGAGGUUUACUUCGCCGAGAGGGUGACAUCGCUGGGCAAGGACUGGCACAGGCCCUGUCUGAAGUGUGAGAAGUGCAACAAGACACUGUCGGCAGGCUCACAUGCAGAGCAUGAAGGCAAGCCAUACUGUAACAACCCCUGCUACAGUGCAAUGUUUGGACCUAAAGGAUUUGGGCGUGGUGGAGCCGAGAGCCACUCAUUUAAAUAAACAGGUUCAAUCUUGCCUGGAAACUAGGUUGAAGAAGCCAGCACUGCUCGAAUCCCAAUAAAAACCAACAAACAAACUGUGCUCUCAUUCAGAAGAAACAUUUUGUGUGUGUGUGUGUGUUUUUAUUUUAUUGUGGUUUUUACUUCUGGUUUCUCGAGAUGAUUGUGUAUCAUUCCCAUGAAAUAGUAAUGAAGUGGUUGUCCUCUAGUCUCUUCCUGUUCUUAAGGACAUUCUGAUUAAACUUUUUAAAUGUA